CCGUGCGCGUGCGUCGGCGCGUCGGCGCGCGGGGUCGAAGGUCAGCCCGCAAGAUGGCGGUGGCGGUGACCUUCCUGAGGCUCCUGGGCCGGGGCGGCGCGGGGACGCGCGGCCUGCCCGGGGGCGCCAGGUGCUUCGGGGUGCGGACCUCGCCGACCGGGGAGAAGGUCACGCACACCGGCCAGGUUUAUGAUGAUGAAGACUACAGGAGAGUUCGAUUUGUGGGUCGUCAGAAAGAGGUGAACGAGAACUUCGCCAUUGAUCUGAUAGCGGAGCAGCCCGUGAGCCAAGUCGGGAGUCGGGUGAUAUCGUGCGACGGCGGCGGGGGGGCCCUGGGCCACCCCCGAGUGUACAUAAACCUGGUAACGUGCUGUCCAGACCCCGGCCCCAGCCCCUGUCCUGUUCUCUCCCCGCUGGCUGCACACGCUUGGCUCGGCCCUGCGCACGAGCCAUCCACUGGGGCUGAGCAGAGGGUGGGCAUGCACAGAGCUUCCAGGACAGGAUAGAACUUGGGGUGGGCCGCCCCCUCGGGCAGGGCAGCCCCCGCCGUCCCUGCUGAUCCGUCCGGGCUCGACCCCAGCCCCGAGGGGGUCCUCUGCUCAGCACCUCCCUGCUUCAGGCCUCCUGGCCCCUGCCCAGGACGCCGCCUGCCUCACGGGCAGGCAGGGUGGGUGGGGGCCGAGCGGACUGUUGACGGCAGGGUGCCUGGGGCCCUGGCGCGUCUGGGGAGCGGGCCCAUCAGGGCCUCCACACGGUGUCUCUGGUGUCCGGCCCCGCGGCUCCCCUGGUGGCGGUGUGUCUCCAGGGCCUGGCUUCAGUGGCGGACAUCUACCAAGUGUGGACUGGCGACAGAGGUGGGAGAUGGAAAUAGGGCAGCUCUCCCUUUGAAUCUUUCAGGACAAGGAAACGAAGACGGGGACGUGCGGCUACUGCGGCCUGCAGUUCCGGCAGCAGCACCACUAGGGCGGCCGCGUGGCCAGAGCCGGCGCCGGGUCCCAGUGAAGGGUGUGCCAGAGGCCCCGAGCAUGCAGAGUGCGUCUCUCUCGGUCACUGAGGCCCGGCCCUCCAGGGGCCCAGCUGCCUGCUCCUUUGUCCUGGGGAGCGUGGUGAGCGCGGGAGAAGUGGCGGGGCUGUGGCGGGGCUGCUGGGACCGGCUCAGCUCCGCCAGGCAUUCUGGCCCACCCGCUCCUCGGCCGCCUGGUCUGAAAUCCCACAAAAUUAAGUACUGUUUAAAGGUGUUAACAGUCACGUGUGGACUGAUUUAAGUACUCUGUGUGUAUUUAAGAGGAUAAUGGUUAUGAUGUAUUGUUUCACAAAAAUAAAAUCAGAAGGGGAGAGGA